AUGACAACGCGCAUGGCAUCCAUCCGCUCAGGUGAACUACGCAGCUCAGCCCGCCAAGAUGGGAGACCUCCGCAGGACCAUCCUGAACCCGAGCAAGUGGAACCAGUCGGGGGAACUGCUCUUCCAGGAAGAGACCGCUCUGCGGCGAUGUCGGUCACACAAGCGUUCCUGUCGCUGCUGAAUGCGAACCCGCUAAGGCGCCCGAGUCUCGACACCGUGUCCCGGCUCCUCGCAUGCCCGCUCCUGUGGUCGCCUCUGGUGCAACGCGGGGGCGCGGGCGGCGCAAGAAUCAACGACGGCAACGAUGUUUUCCGCCCCCACCUGCCCCAAGAUGUGCGGGAAAUGAUCGACACGACCAUCCGCGAUGGCCUCCUGGCAGACCCGGCACUCAACACAGCUAGAGGGGUGUGGUGGGAGGCGCCGGAGUUCUUGUCGCCGUGGUGGAAGCGACCUCCGAUAAUAAUGUGCAUCGAGCCAUGA